AUGAACGCUAAUGUGUCCAGUAUAACUGGCCAAAUUUCUUCUAUCGCAAACUUCUACUGUAAUAAAAGACUUAACAUCUUGCUCAGGAUAAAAUCAUUUGCAAGAAGAGUUAGAUUCCGCUGCAAACUACACAACCAAAUCCUCUACCCAAAUAUUAUUAAAGGGAAUAAUCUAAUAAAUAAGGAAUUUAAUGAAAAGAAGCUGAAUAAAGAUCCAUUAGACUACCAGAAGAUCAGUGAAUUUAUGGUAGAAGAUUUAGUAACAAAGUGUUCAUUUCUUUCAAACCACGACUUAAUAUUAAUUCUAGACCUUUUAACAAGGAUUAAGAAACCUUUGAAGGAGAUCUGCCAUUAUAAAGCUGAGAACAAUUAUCAUCCAGAUUCGGAUCAUGGCCAACUGGAACAUGUAUCCAAAAACCACUUGAUCAACAAUAUAAUUUUCAAGGGUCAAAAAAGUCUUCUGAAGUACAUUAUUCAGUCUGAGGAGAACAAAACUUUGACUGAUAAUGAGCGUUAUUAUCUAAUAAUUGCUCUUUCAAGAGAAUGUAGGUUAAUACCAUUUUCAAUUUGGCUGAAGCUUUUUGAGAACGUGAACCAUUCAUUAAUAACAAAACAACCUGACUCGCUCUAUGGGCACAAACCAUUUCAAAUAGCAAAUUUGCUCCUAAUUUAUGAUCAAAUUUCCAGAUAUACUCACAAAAAGCAAUGUUCUUUGUUUAAAAUUGUAAAAUAUUCUUCAAAUGAAGGCAUUGAGAUUGGGGUAAACACAGGACAACUCAAGCCAAUUGAAACAGGCCUUCAAGUAGGUAAUAUUGAAAGGAGAAGGUCGAACCCGUUUAAAUUGGACUUAAUCAAUACGUCAAUUUAUAGACUAGAAUCCUGUUUGUCGGAACUAAAACCAGAAAAACUUAUAAAAAUAUUAUACCUAAUUAACUCGAGACAGAGUUAUGCUAACAAUUUUUUCCAGAAUACUCUGAUUCACUUGGAAUCUGGGAACUUAAUAGGCUCUCUUAAGACCUCUCAAGUAUACACACUUUUCACUCUAUUCUCAACCAAUUAUAAGUUCCAAUUCAUGUCACUUUUAGAAUCUUUGAAUUAUGAGUUUCAGUUUCUAAAAGCAAAACUUUCUAUUUCACCAUCCUUAUGCUCCGAAAUAUCGCUAUCUAACUUGAUCACUGAUAAUAUAAAUGGAAAGUGUACUCUCAAAAUUAAGGAUAACAUGAAUAAAAUGUCCGAGAAUAAUGAAUUUAAAGAGUCUAUAAACAAGUACAAAAGGUUGGAAUCAAUUUGUUUAUGCGUUAUGAUUCUUACUUUGGAGUAUAUUACCAGACUUAAAGGUCUAGUCUUUAAUUUACCUCCUAAUUCAAUGAAUCUUACUUUUGGCAUUCAACAUAUAUUUGGAGAAGGACAUGAAUGGAAUGAUCUUUUGUUACUUUUAGAUACAAAAAUCAGGAACCCCAAAAGAUCAUUUACACAAUCAGAGAUCACCAAGGGAAUGACUCGUGAAUUUUCUGGUAAACUGGAAAAUUUGAUGGAAUACAAUAAAAUUUUAGUCAAAAUUCUUAAAAUUAACCCCAAAUACGAGAACUAUACCCAAAGAGUCCAGUUUUUCGUUGAUUUUUUUUUCAUAUAUAAGACUGCACACUUCUGA